AUGACGAUGCGGGAAGAGACGAAUAUUUCAAAUGAUCGCUCGCCCCAAGUUCUCUUCAAUAUAUUCGCCCUCACCGUCUUUCUCCUUGCCUUCUGUAUGCUUUUCAGACGCAUCUCUCGUCUGUCUCCUGCAAAAGUGCCUCAAACAUAUCAGAACCCCGCUCCUGUUUCGCGGAUGAGACUCGCCCAGAUGUCCUCGCACGUUUCGAACGGCCAUACAAAUGGCAAUGGCCGUAUCAAUGGCUCGCAGUCCAACGGCCAUUCCGAUGCUACAGCAACGAUAGCAGAUAUACCGAAAUCAAACACUUUCACCUCGAAACUCCCUCCCGACCCGCAAUUUCCGACGCCGAUCGACUCUCACAAAGCCCCUCGACAGAAACUGGGCCCCCGCAUGGUUCGAGGGGCUCUGUACACGUUUGUUAGACCUGAGCCAACCGAAGAACCUGAACUGCUGGCAGUCAGCAAAGCCGCACUGCGCGACAUUGGCCUCGCCGAAAGUGAAGCGUCAUCCGAAGAAUUUAAAGAGGUUGUCGCCGGCAACAAAAUUUACUGGGACGAAGAGAAGGGUGGAGUAUAUCCUUGGGCGCAGUGCUACGGCGGCUUUCAGUUCGGCUCGUGGGCUGGUCAACUGGGUGAUGGGCGGGCAAUCUCGCUGUUUGAGACGACCAACCCAAAGACCCAAGUCCGUUAUGAGCUACAACUGAAGGGCGCAGGCAAGACACCCUACUCACGCUUUGCCGACGGCAAGGCUGUUUUGAGAUCGAGUAUCAGAGAGUUUAUUGUGUCCGAAUAUCUCAACUCCAUUGGGAUACCCACCACUAGGGCUCUGUCGCUGACACUAUGCCCCAAGUCCGAGGUCGUCCGAGAACGCCUCGAACCUGGCGCGAUUGUCUGUCGUUUUGCUCAAUCAUGGCUGAGACUAGGCACAUUUGACCUCUUGCGAUCAAGAGGCGACCGGGAUUUGAUCCGCAAGGUGGCAACCUACGUUGCUGAAGAUGUCUUUGGCGGGUGGGAGAAGCUACCGGCAGCUCUGCCAGCCGACACUCCAGACGCCCAUCUCGAUCCGGCAAGAGGGGUCUCCAAAGACGAAAUCCAAGGCAAAGAAGGCGCCGAAGAGAAUCGCUUUACCAGGGUCUAUCGUGAAAUUGUUCGAAGAAACGCCAAGCUCGUGGGCAUGAUGCAGGCGUACGGGUUCAUGAAUGGAGUGCUCAACACCGACAACACGUCCAUCUAUGGUCUAUCAGUUGAUUAUGGUCCGUUUGCGUUUAUGGACAAUUUUGAUCCGGCGUAUACACCUAACCAUGACGACCAUAUGCUAAGAUACAGUUACCGUGCUCAACCGAGCAUUUUCUGGUGGAACCUGGUUCGUCUGGGCGAAUCCCUGGGCGAAUUGAUUGGUGCUGGGGAUAAGGUUGAUGACGAAGAAUUCGUGGAAAAGGGGGUGCAUGAAGACUUUGCACCUGUCCUGAUCAAGCGCGCCGAGACCAUCAUCGACCAGAUCUCUGACGAAUACAAGGCUGUCUUCCUGAGCGAGUAUCGCCGCCUGAUGACACUGCGACUGGGCUUGAAGACUCAAAAGGAGAGUGACUUUGAGAAGCUGUUCUCGGAACUGCUCGACACGAUGGAAGCGCUGGAGCUCGACUUCAACCACUUCUUCCGCCGCCUCUCCUCGGUGAAAGUGGAUGAUGUCAGCACAAAAGAAAAGCGCGAAGCCACAGCCGAGAGAUUCUUCCACCGGGAAGGUGUCACCGGUCUCAACGAAUCGAACGCUUCUGGCCGCGAAAAGGUGGGCAAGUGGCUCGAGUCGUGGCGUGAGCGGGUGGUUGAGGAUUGGGACAUCUCGGACGAGACCACGGCUUCGGCAGCGGAUGAGCAGCGAGAGAAGCUUAUGAAGAGCGUCAAUCCCAAUUUUGUGCCCAGAGGGUGGUUGCUGGAUGACAUAAUCGACCGAGUGCAGAACAAGAACGAAAGAGAUAUCCUCAAGGGAGUUAUGGAGAUGACACUGGCUCCGUUCGAGGACGAGUGGAGCUGGAACGAGGAGAUUGAGAAGAAGUACUGUGGUGAUGUGCCUAGGUUCCAGAGGGCGAUCCAGUGCAGCUGCUCAUCAUGA